AUGUUAAAGCGCGUAGUAAAAUAGCAAAUAAAAUAGUUUAGGAAAUCAUUUUGCUUUGUUCCUAAUUACAGGAACACGGAGUUAGCAAGAUUUUUCAAUCCUGAGGACUCAGAGAUUAUUGAAAAGCUCUUUAGAGGAAAACAUAGAGUUUAGUAUUCUCUCGAGAAGGGGCAAGUUGUUAACAAUUUCCAUGUAGAAGAAAUAACAUUUUUAAAGGAAUUCAACAUUAGAGUAUAUGCUUUGAGACACAAAGUGACUCAAGCUAGAUAUAUUCAUUUAGAUUCAUGCGAUAUGAAUAACUCUUUUGCGAUUAUUCUGAGAACACCUCCAGAAAACGAUAAAGGAAUUCCAUUGAUGACUUAGAGAUUGGUGAUGUCUGGAAGUGAAAUGUAUCCUGUUAAAGAAGUUCUUUCACACAUGGCAGAAAAAAGGUCAAUGAACACAUUUAGCGAGCCUUGGACAGGCCCUGAAUUUACAGUUUUUCCAUUUUCUACAACAAACGAGAAAGAUUUUUAUAACCUGUUAGGCGUAUACAUUUAAAGUGUAUUCUAUCCUCUGAAUAGAAGAUUAGACUUUUUGCAAGAAGGAGUUAGAUUAGAAUACGAUGAAGAAAAUAAUCCAAAACUUCCAAUCUCUUUAAGAGGAAAGACCUACGAGGAAAUGUACAAUAAUGAAUAGAUGCAUGAUCACAUUUUUCUCUCAAAUAUUUAAAAAAAGAUAUACAAAGGCAGUCAUCAUUCAAAUUUAGGCAGUGGAACAGUUUAGCAAAUCAGAAAUGCAUCUUAUCAGGAAGUGAUUGAUUAUUAUGAAAAGUAUUACAGUCCAAACAAUGCAAAUUUCUUUUCUUAUGGAGAUUUGGAUUUUACAAAGCACUUGGAGUUUAUUGAUUAAGUUUUGAUGAAAGGAAAGGAGUAUAAAGAGAUAGUUCAUACUUUUAAAUAGCCAGAGUAGAUUUAAUAUAUUCAGGAUAAUGAGAUUACUUGUCCUUCAAAUAGUUAAGGAUCGAUUGGUAUUACUUUUAUGUGCAAUGAUAUUAUAGACAAUCCCUUCGAUACUCUCGCUUUGAGUGUAUUAAGCUACUGUUUGUUUGAAAUGCCUUAGUCCAUUUUCUUCCAAGAAUUCUUGCAAAGCGGAGUAGCCAGUAAAUAUUGUCCUGGAUACGGAUACGACAUUACAAAUAGAAUUGCUACUUUUACAUUUGGCUUUGCAGAAGUCUCCAAUGACAAAUCUGAAUUAAUUCAAAUGGGAGAUAAAAUCAUGAAAAUUUUGAAAGAUAUUUCUGAAAACGGGUUAGACGUUUAAAUGGUUGAUUUUGCUAUUCAUUACAUGGAAGUAAAUGCUAAAGAGGGUAAGGCUGAUUUUGGUCUGAAUUUACUUUAGAAUAUGAUUCCAUUUAUUAUACAUGAUAAGGAUCCGACUGUUGUUUUGAAAAUGGAAGAAAGUUUUGAGAAACUACGCAGAAAAAUUGACGAAGGGCUCAUUUAGUAAUUAGUUAAGAAGUACUUCUUGAAUAACAAUCAUGGAAUAAGAACAAUUGUUACUCCUGAUAAUCUUUUUACUGAUUACGUUAAAAUAGAGGAAACAGAAUACCUCAAAUCAGUGCAAGAAAGUAUGACAAUUCAAGACAUUGAUUUCUUGCAAAAAGAAAAUGAGCAAGUUUUUGUUGAAAUGUGCAAAAUGCAAGAUGUUUCUAUAUUGCCAUCACUAAACACUACUGACAUAGUCCCUUUAGUUGAAAAGUUCGACUAUGAAGAACAAGUAAUAAACGGAAUUAACGUGUGGUUUACUGACUAAGAAACAAAUGGAAUGUCAUACGUAAGAAUUAAAUUUGAUAUAUCCGAUUUAGAACCUGAAUUGCAUCAUUUUUUGGAGCUCUUUUGCAUCGUCUUCCCUCACAUAGGCUCACAAGGACUUCAAACUAAUUAAAUGGACUUUUUAAUUGAUAACUACACUUCCAAAUUCGAAAUGGAGUCUCACAUCUUCAGAGAUGUUAAGGGCAAAGAUCAAAUUAAAAAAGUAUUGGUAAUGACUGUGGGAUACCUUGAUAAAUAUAUUGAAUAGAGUUUUAGUCUUUUGAAUGAUUUACUUUCUACUCCCAAUUUAAAAAAUCUAUCAAGAAUUUCUGAAUUGUUGUAAUAUUAUGCUGGUAUUUAUGCCAACAAUCUUGGAGAAAAGCCUAUGGACAUCGCAAUCGCUCAUGCUAAUUCAGGUCUAAGCAGGGCUCUCUUUUUAAAUGAUAAAAUGAAAAAAACGUAAGACAUUUGUAGUUUGGCUAUUGAAGUCCUCAAAACAACUUCUCUAAAGCAAGAGUUAGAAAAAAUUUCUUAUUACUUAGAAUGCAUUUACCAAAAAAUGAUUAAUAAAAACAGAAUGAGCAUUUUAAUUCACAGCUAAAAAAAGAACUACAAAAACUUAUAAAAAAGAAUUGAAUUGCUAUCAUCCACUAUAAAAAUCAAUCAACCAAAUUUCAAUAAAUCAAUUAUCAUUGAGAGCGAAAAAAUGUAAGAAUUCAAGGAGAAAUACAACAGAUCAUUCAUUCCUUUGCCUAUUAAUACUAAUUACAUUGUGGAAUCUUUUAAAAUGCCAGAAGUUAUUGAUGGAAAGACUCCUGUUAUGCAUUUAGUAGGUGAAAUUAUGAGAAAUUGUAUUCAUUUUGAAGAAAUUAGAAGUGUUGACGGUGUUUUUGAUGCUGGCUGUUACAUAGAUUUGAAUGGUAGUUUCUCAGUCUUUUCUUAUAGAGAUCAUAGCACUGUUUAAAGAUAUGAAACAUUCGAAAGAGCAAUUCAAUAUAUUACAAAUAAAGACUUUACAGAAAGAGAAUUGAAAGAAGCUAAAAUCAGUUUGUUCUCCAAGAUUGAUAAAAACAUUGAGCCUUAUAAUAAAGGAAUUAAGUGGUUUAUUUAUGGAUUAAAUGAUAGACUCAGAUUAAAUUAUCGUUAAGCUCUCUUAGCGGCCAACUCAUAAAAAGUAAUUGACACUGCUAAUGAGAUUCUUCUUGAAAACAUUAAGAAAGAACAAUCAAGCCAAGUUAUUAUUGGAUCUCAAGCACACAAUCUUAAAAAAUUACUUUCAAGAGGCUGGAAAAUAGAAAAAGCUGUUGAUGGUAUUUCUGUGUCACCUAAAUCAUAUAGAUAAAACGAGAAUCAAUAAUAUGUUUAUAAUGAGUUUAUGUGA